GUUCCCGCGGGUCAUAGGCCUGAACUCCCCAGGGCGCAUCGCGCUUCUGGCCGAGCAGUUUUCUGCUGCUCGGUGCCACGUCCUCGGGGCGCCUGAAAUUACGCCCCCGGCGGGCCUUCUCAGGCGCGCCGGGGGCGACAUCAUGUAUUAUUCCAAUUGCGCUGAGAAGGGCGCUGGCGGCGUGGCUAUUCGGACCGACGCGGGGCCACCUGUCCAGGGCGCACGACCAGGCAAGCAGCAUGUCUCUCAGCCCUAUGCCGACCCGAGCAGGCUCAUUCUGCGAUUCUACGUGCCAGGCCUGCAUUUGCUAUUGGCAGCCGCCCACGCCCCCCACUCGGCACACAGGGAGCUUACGCCCGCUGAAGGAUGGCGUCUCGAUGCCCAGAAGAUUGCGCGAGAGUAUUUGGCCCCGGAAGUGCACCCGGCAUUCAUGCUCGAUGCGGGGGCGGAG